CUAAACUAAAAGAAAUAUAAUUCAUAAUAUUCUCUACUAUCUAAAAGUUAAAUAUCCACGAUUAUUUAAAUACAUUCAAAUUGAGAAUACGAUGAAAAUUUAAUCCCUCAUUAAAUUAAAAAAUGUAAAAAGGAAAAUUAAAAUGCUUGUAUAAUUUAUCAAAAAUUAUGAUUUUUAUAAUCAAGUAAGUGUUCAAUAACACUUUGGUUUAUUGAAUACUCCAGUAGGUAAUAACACUUAACGAUUACAAAUUUAAAAAUUUACAAUUUAAAACUAAAAGCAAGUUAUUAGUAAAAAUAGUUAAAGAAAACUAAAUUCAAAAACUACCUUAUAGAAAAAAUUAUCAUUUUAUACAAGAACAACAAAGUAAAGUCCUUUAAUUAAAGAUAGAUUAUAAAGUACUAGGAAUGAUAAAUCUUAAGAAUAUACUCUUAAUACAUGCUAAUUUGAUAAAUAUGAGGCAAUCAACAUUAAAAGUGAAAUAAGUUCAAUUAAUUUUUGA